GCGCGGGGAGCAUGGAGACGGUGACCGAGGGAACGUGGGACUCGCUGCCCGUCCGGCUGAGCCCUGGCGUGGGACGGGCCUUGCGGGAGCUGGGCUUCACGCACGUGACGCCGGUGCAGUCUGCAACGAUUCCUUUGUUUAUGACAAAUAAGGAUGUGGCAGCUGAGGCGGUAACUGGCAGUGGAAAAACUUUAGCUUUUGUUAUUCCAAUCAUAGAAAUUCUUCUCCGACGGGAAGAAAAGCUCAAGAAAAUGCAGGUUGGUGCUGUUGUCAUCACUCCCACACGAGAGCUUGCCCUUCAAAUAGACGAAGUGAUAUCCCAUUUCACAAAGUAUUUCCCACAGUUUAGCCAGUGCCUUCUAAUCGGCGGAAAGAAUCCCAUGGAAGACGUAGAAAGAUUCAAAGAACGAGGUGGACACAUCCUGGUAGCUACUCCAGGCCGUUUGGAGGACAUGUUCAGAAGAAAAUCAGACGGGCUGGAUUUGGCCAGCUCUGUGAAAUCACUGGAUGUUCUGGUCUUGGAUGAAGCAGACCGGCUUCUGGAUAUGGGCUUUGAAGCAAGUUUAAAUACCAUUCUGGACUUGUUGCCCAAGCAGAGACGAACGGGGCUCUUUUCGGCAACUCAAACUCAAGAAGUCGAGAACCUGGUGAGGGCUGGUCUCCGGAACCCUGUCCGCAUCUCGGUGAAGGAGAAGGGAAUGGCAGCGAGCAAUACUCAGAAGACCCCCACCCGCCUCCAAAACUACUACAUGAUCUGCAAAGCAGAAGAAAAAUUUAACCAGCUGGUCCACUUCCUUCGCCAACACAAGGCAGAAAAACACCUUGUCUUUUUCAGUACCUGCGCUUGCGUGGAGUAUUUUGGGAAGACUUUGGAAUCCUUGAUUAAGAAUGUGAAAAUAAUGUGCAUCCAUGGGAAAAUGAAACACAAACGGAAUAGGAUCUUCACGGAGUUCCGGAAACUUCCGAGUGGCAUUCUGGUUUGCACGGAUGUGAUGGCCCGAGGCAUAGACAUUCCAGAGGUGAACUGGGUUUUGCAGUGUGACCCCCCAAGCAAUGCAAGUGCCUUCGUUCAUCGCUGUGGCCGCACUGCGCGCAUUGGGCACUUGGGCAGCGCACUUGUCUUCCUGCUUCCCAUGGAAGAAGCCUACAUCAGUUUUCUAGCCAUUAACCAAAAGUGUCCCAUGCAGGAAAUGAAACUGCAGAGCAACGUGGCAGAUGUCCUGCCGAAGCUGAAGUCUCUCAGUCUGGCUGACAGAGCUUUCUAUGAGAAGGGGAUGAAGGCCUUUGUAUCUUACGUGCAGGCUUAUGCCAAACACGAGUGCAACCUGAUCUUCAGGAUGAAAGACUUGGACUUUAGUAGCCUGGCCCGCGGUUUUGGUUUGCUGAAGAUGCCACGGAUGCCGGAGCUGAAAGGCAAGUGCUUUUCGGACUUCACGCCUGUUGAUAUUGACACGGACACGAUUGCCUUCAAGGACAAGAACAGAGAAAAACAGAGGCAAAAGCUGUUGGAGCAGCGAAGGAAGGAGUGGCAGGAGCAGGGUGGGCAGAGAAAAUUCACCCGCAACAAAGCCUGGUCCAAGCAGAAAUCAAAGAAAGAGAAGAAGAAGAAAAUGACAGCCAAAAGGAAAAGAGAGGAGGGUUCUGAUGUGGAGGAUGAGGAUAUGGAGGAGCUCCUGCAGGACACGCGGCUCUUGAAAAGGCUCAAGAAGGGCAAAAUCAGUGAGGAGGAGUUUGAGAAGAAGCUGCUGCACGGCGUGAAGGAGGCCCAGGCAGGAGGCUCAGACUGAAGGGUGAAAUGUCGAGCUGAACUCUCCUUUUUGAUACAAAUAAAACUUUAUAUACAGAUA